AUGUCGUCAGAAACGCUCACCAGCUAUGAAAUCUUCAAGCGUCGCAUGGAGAACAUGUCAAAAGAGGAUAGAAGAAAGAUGGCUCGGUUCUCAUACUUCUCUUCAGUACCGACAACCCCACACGACCCUAGAAACUUGACGCAGCGCAGCAUCAUGGCUCGUUCGAUUAAGCAGCCUGUGAAGUCUCAAGCGGAGGUAGACCAAGAAAAGAACAAUGAGCGCUUCAAAGAGUUCAUUGGCUUAGUCAGUAAAUGCUGCGAGCAAAAGAUCUGUUUCUGCAAGCACAAGCUACCCGAGAACCAUGGAAAGCGCUGUCGUGCAAUGGAGCGCAUCAUCCGCGGAGCUACAGAGCAGCCUACCCCUUACUCUUCCUGGUCAGUCGAAGAUCUUUUGACCGAGGUCAAGCAUCGCAACAUCGCUUUGCCCAGAAAACGCACAAAGGGCGGCCUCACCAAGCUUCUACAGCAAUCCGACCCUCCAAGCUCGUUCCGUCUUAUGGAUCUGCCUGUGGAAGUUCGUCUACACAUUUACGGUAUGGCAUUUGACGGCGGCAGGACUGCAGACUUGGAUGUGGGAAGCCGUCGCGAUGUCGCUGAGCCUGCUCUCCUUCACACCAGUCGUCAGGUCCGCGCCGAAGCCACUCCGGUCUUCUACAGUACACCCCACUUUCGCUUCAUGCUGUCAGUCGUAGAAGAAGACCAGAAGUCCACACAGUGGAUAAAUGAUCGCGGGCAAAUCUGGCUGCAGCACAUCAGUCUCAACAACAUGAAGGACUUACGCCUUGUCUCGUUCCGCUUCCAGGACGUCUUUGACGAAUACGAUCUUCACAUUGACCUCGCUAGCCGCUCUGUCGAGGACUGGCUCAUUCCGUUCGGCAGUGAGCCUUUGGACACUGUCAACAAGGCUAUCCAAGACUUCCAGGCUCUCUGCGGUCAAGGCGAAAAGGUCGAGCCCACCAUCCCUGGUCUCGCCAUCUUGGCUGAAGCUGCACACUUCAUCCUUGAGUCUCGUGCUAUGUGGCUGUUCGCUUGCAUCGAUUGGACCAACUUCCCCUCCGGAGAGCAAGAUAUCGACUAG